UUCUAUCGCUGAUAACAACCGAAAAUGUCUACCCAUUCUGACGAUAAGCAGGUAAAAGAUGAUGACAGUUUAUUCAUUCUUUGCCUUGAAGUGGGGACAAUCGGCGAGAGAAAAACAUUCUUCCUAACCGGAGCAUCGCCGUGUUUCACCUUCACAACCAUCAGGUGCAGAAAUCCAUCUAGUAUAACGCGGACCAAAUACCCAAACAGCCCAACAUGGGAGAUAAAAUACUUCGAUAUUUGGCCAUCGCCAACAUGUUCGAGGGCUGCCUCGCCGUCCUGCUACAGUUGGCUGUGCUCGUUACCCUUCAUGACUGGGUCGACUUUAUUUGCAUUGGAUUCUGGGGUGGAGUGCUCAUGGUAUUGGCUGGAAUGUGGACUCUUCAGAGAAGCCCGAAGAAAAUGAUAACAACAGCUUCUCUUGCAAUGUUUGGUGGUCUGUGCAUGGUUGGUUUUUAUUCGUGGAAUGUGUCAACCGUAGAUUGUGGAAAUAUUACUACUACCCCAAACGGGGCAAGAGGCAACUGGGAAAAUGACCCUGAUCUCUGUAGUUGGCGGUUGGCGUCGGAUAUUCUGUUCAUCAUUUUCGGAUGUUUUGCAAUUGUCAUUAAUAUUUUUAUGGCGGCUAGGACUUCAAUGAUAAUUGGCGAUAGACGUGGCUCGUUCUAAUCUGAUUAUUCCUGUUUAUAAAUUUGUUUUCCAAUGCUCCCAAUUGCAUUCAACUCAUUCUCGUUGCUCCAACUCAUGAAAA